AUGGUUUUUUUGAGAAGAUUGCUUGGGAUUUUUUUGGUAUUGCUGGUUUCCGUGAUAGAGAUUUUUGCUCCUGAUCCAGGAAAACGUGUUCUGGCGAGACAAUCAGACGCCACUUACUCUCCUGGUACCGUGACAAAGAAAUUCAUCGCCACAUAUGUUGUUUUGCUGGACAAUGGCAAUGAAAUUGAGUAUAGUUAUGAGGAUGUAACAGCUGUAGUGCAUGACACAACUCCCAACUGGACCAGCUUAGGAGAUCGCGUGAUCGCACCGUCACCAAAAGAAAAUACGAGCGAGCAAUACCAUCUUGGUUUCGUGUCUGAUGAUUUUUGUCUAGGAAAUGACACGGAAACGUAUGAAAUUACCUUGGACCGAGGACACAUAGUCGAAAACUGCACGCUGAAUAUGUUGCGUAAACUCCCUUUUUUCUCCUCAAUUCGCCAAGUUGGAGCUCGCGUGUUUGCUCGCGGAAGAGACGACUCUUAUUAUCGCGGAUUCGUGAAAAGAACAAGUUACCAUGGAAACAUACUAUACAUAGACGUGCAACUGGACCAGGCGGAAUCCAUUUCACAUCAAGCCAAUGACGCAAGAGCCAUCAUCCUGGAUAUCAUACCAUUGUACAGUCACGUGCACGCCACUCAGCGCGUGAUUGGCUACUAUCCUGGGUACUCAAGUUAUCUUCCUGGAACAGUGAUCAGACGGAAUACAGAUUGUUGGAAAUCAGCUUACCGUGUCAAAUUUGACAUGGGGGGACAACGAGAUCAGGAUUUUCAUGAAAUUAGAAUUCUGCCUCCUUUUGUAAAAUUUCUAUUUUUUCUGUAA